AAUUCCCGUUCUGGCAGACAAGGCAGCAAAGAGCUGGAGGGCAGCAGCAAAGGCCGAUCUCGUCAUCGCUGGCUCAGCUCUAUGUGCCUCAUGGAUUGGUACGAUAAGCUUGCAGUUUAUGACUCGCGGGGUUGACUGACGUAUGCAUGUACAGGAGAGUACCUCAGAUAUCACAAGAAAGGAGCUAGCAAAGUUGUCUGGUGGGUGAUGGAAAACCGCCGGUUGUACUUCGAUCGUUCGAAGCAGAUUCUUGGUAAAGUCCGGGCACUGGUUUUUCUCUCCAAGACCCAAGCAGACCAAUGGAGAGAAUGGAGCAGGGGAGAGAACAUAAGCCUCCCUUCAUUGACGACUAUCGUGAGCCUGUCAGUAAACGAUGCCGUUCUCUCCGCAGCAGGGAUAGACGACGCACUGAAGAUGGCAAAGCUGAGGGAAGAGGUGAGAAAAGAUCUGGGCUUGAAACCGGACGACGUACUUCUUGCUACGUUGAGCAGCAUCAAUCCAGGGAAAGGACAGCUUAUAGCUCUAUAUGCGGCUGCGAGUGUGAUGGAGCAAAAGAUGAAUCAGUCCACGGCGUCGAAUCUCAAGCUUCUCAUUGGAUCAGUCGGUUCUAAGAGUAACAAGCAGGAGUAUGUCGAGAAGAUGCUGAGCUUUCUACACCAGCAUCCAGCGCUAGCAGACUCCGUUUUGUGGACUCCAGCAAGUGUGUCAGUUUCGGCUCUAUACGCUGCAGCCGAUGCGUACAUCAUGAACGCACAGGGCAUAGGAGAAACUUUUGGUAGAGUUACUGUCGAAGCCAUGGCCUUUGGAUUGCCAAUUUUGGGGACGGAUGCGGGUGGAACCAAAGAGAUCGUAGACGCAAACGUCACUGGCCUUCUCCAUCCCGUGGGAAUCAAAGGCGCGCAAGCACUUGCUCAGAACGUUCUAGUUUUACUGAGGAGUCCCGCUUUGAGAAAGCAAAUGGGUGGGAAAGGCAGGGACAAAGUUAAAGAGCUUUACACACAGGCGGCAAUGUACGAGAAGUUAGCUGGAGUAUUCACGAAUUUGUAACCUUCUUCCAGUGACGUACCGUGCAUAAUAGUAUGACCUGUUGUUUUU